AUGUCAGUUAAUAUUCACAGGAGGCGGUCGGGACGUGCUCUGGACCGCGAGAGCCACGAGGGCAAGCAGGACACAAACUUGGAGCCCUCGGAGGUCAACCAAAAUGAAAAUAAUAACCGAAACUCGAUUUUGCGAAACUCAAGUGAACCGGUUCUGGAGUCGGUAACCGAUCAGGAGGUGGUAGAAGUACUUUCUGACGAAGGAGACAGCAUAGAACCGCUUUCUAUGCUCAGCGAUCACGAAGAUAUUGAAAUAACCGGCGUAAAUAUGGUUCCGCAAUCGAGGAUAUUUCCAUCCAGAAUCCGCCACCGUCGAAUACGGCCUCAUACCCGGAAUGUCCGUCUACGGCGUGACCAGGACACGUCUAGCGAUGAUAUACAGAUUGUGGAUGAAAGACCGGUGCUGCCGCUGGCUCAGUUUGACGAUACCGAGGAAUUCCGCCGGGCUCUCAUGGGACGGUUUGGAACCCUCGAGAGUCCUAUUGGCACAUUUGAGGGCGAUUUCGGCCGGGUGGUUUCGGUGAUCACAGGUAUGAACCGGUGGCGGCGGCUGGCGGAUUUUGGUUCCACUCCUCGUCGUCAUCUUCGUCGCCGCCGGCCGGUGCGAUACACUUCGGAACCUCAGUACGAACUAGAAUUUCCGUUUCUUGAGGGACCCAGCAGCGACGAGGCGAGUGCCAUGGAGAGGUCAAUUAUGGAGAGAAUCGACCGCGAAAACGACCGAGAUUUGGAUGGAAAGUUGCGCCAGGAAAACAAGUAUAAUACAAAACAGCUCCAUGCUAAGCAAGCCAUAGCUGCAAACGAGCACCAUGGAUACACCAACGAUAUCAAUUCCCAAACCGCAUUUACAUGUGAGCUUUGUGCCGUUCCGUUGGGCACAGGAAUCCCCGAGGAGUUCACUCCGAAUCCGAAAUACGAUGCAAAUUUGGAACGUUAUAGCAGGCUCUAUAGAGUUCAAGCACCGUGGUUUUGUUCACGGCAAAUCUCCCCGGUGGACAUUGAUUUGUCUAAGAGGGUGUUUGUUGCCAAAUGUGGACAUGUAUAUUGCGGGCGAUGCAUAAAGAACAUUGGCAAUCGUCCUCGCCAAAAGCGUGCCAGCAAGCAAUUGACGAUAGAAAAUCCAGGGUUGAGUUGUCCUCGACGGUGUCCUGCUCCGGAAUGCAAUCUGGAGUUUCGGGGCAAGCGAACAUUCACCGAGUUGUACUUUUGA